UCCACCAGUUUAGAGGUUGUUGUAGCUAAAUACCGCGCCUGGAUUGCAACUUGGUUAUCCGAAAGAAUAGCGAUAUUGCCCUUAAGAAAGAAGUAUGCGAUUAGUAACCUGCAAGCUUCCCCUAGUGUCAGUACCUCCGCCAGGAAGACACUGCAAGUAUUGGGAGGACGCACAGAUGUUCAAUUCUAAGUCUAUGAGAUGGUAUAUAUUCCAACACCACAAUGCAUUUUAGAGCCAUCUGUAUAUGCUGUAGUGUCGAAGUUGUUUAGUGAGAAUUACUUACUCCAUUCCUCCUUAGUUGGAAAUAAAGUGGUAAAAUUCCUAAUGAAUGUUACCGACGGGAUGAUGUAAUCAGUCCUCUGCGAGGUGUACUGAGUUUGUCCCAAUAAUAGACUGGCAUAACCCAAAGUGUUUUUUUGCAGCGACUCAUUUCACUUAACCUAAAUACAGUAAUGGUUGCCAUCUUUUUGAAAUGCAGAUCUAUCGGAAUAACGUAUGCCAGUGCAUUAAAACAGGCUGACCUUUGUAUUUUGCCAAGUAAUUUGAUUUUUAAUCUCUCCCUAGAGUUUUCCAGUAAACUACCGAUCCAUACGAUAAAAGUGGCCGUAUAACUGAAUACUUAGGUUGAAGACCCCAUAUUCUUGAAAGCAUACGUUUACAGACAUAUAAAGCAAUUUGCUUUCCUUAUCCGUUCUUCGACGUUUAAUUUCCGGCUAAGUUUGGAGUCCAGGAUUACGCCAAAGUACUUUACACUGGGUGAGAGUUUGUCCAUUAAUAUUUGGUCAGGUCAAAAUUUGGAACCUUGGUGACUACUCAACCUUCUCAUCCAAUUUUUUUUUUUUUAUUGGAGCUCUUUUUAUUCAGCCACAAUACAAUAAUUACCUAUAGCAAAAUCCUGCGAUGCAUUUGUUAGUUACCAAUCUUCAACCCUACUCUGCUAUUUAAUUCACACCUUCAUGCACAUUCUGCUAAGUGAGGAUAUAUGUAUGUACUACAUAUGAUUGUAUUUAUAUGUACAUUUGUAGAUGUGCACGUGUAUUCUUGGACUCGCAGUGCAAUGGCUAUGCUUUCAAUUUCAAUCAUUAAAUAUUAACAAUGCCAAUCUGGCCUAUGCUCUCUUCCACAGCACUGUUCAUGGGCAAUGGGCAACAUUAGGGCUGAGCGAUUGUUGAUUACCAAAUCGUACGAACUAAAAAAGUUCAACAAAUUAUGCUUAAAACUAAUAAUUAAGAAACGAAUACUGCGGUUGCUUCAAAAUAUUAUCCAAAGCUAAAGAAAGUGCGCAAGCCGAAAUAUUUUUCAGAGUAUAUUAAGAGAGUUCUGAAUUGAAGAAUAGAUUUGAGUUACAUAUCGAGAUACUUAAAGCAAAAUCUAAAUUUUCAGUGCAAAGAAGUAAUAUUUUUUUUUUAACAAGAUUGUCUAAUAUACAAUUUUCUGUCACACAAGUCGACCCGGCCUAAGUGCAUAUAUGAGUAUUUUGUUGUGUUAGUUAGGCGCACGCAAAAUGCAAUCAGAAAUUAAUAAAUAUUUUUUUGAGCUAUCCGUUUGUACGUCUAUUCCUACGUAUUAUUUUGCCUCCUUCCCAAUUAUUAUAACAUUCAAUCCAUUCGUGGUUAAUUUUUGAGUUAAAACCCCAUUCGUAUUCACUGAAGUGCUUAGUUAGUUUUAGAGUGCUAACAAAUAAAGCGAUGCGCUUUCACACUUUAAUAUGGUCGAUUAUCCUGCCUCUGUGCCUCUUUGUGUUGCUGCCUAAAAAUGUUGAGGCCAAUGACUUCUCUUCAUUUCUAACUGCAAAUGCGUCCUUGGCCGUUGUAGUGGAUCAGGAAUAUAUGCACCGACGUGGUGAAAAUAUAUUGGCUAAUUUUCAAAAAAUUCUGGGUGAUAUUAUUCGUGAAAAUCUAAAAAAUGGUGGCAUCGAAGUGAAAUACUACUCAUGGAAUCAAAUAGCAUUAAAAAAAGAUUUUCUUGCUGCUAUAACAGUGACCGACUGCAAGAGUACUUGGCGUUUCUAUGAGUCCACCCAACAGGCUUCCAUACUACUAAUAGCUAUAACAGAUGCCAAUUGCCCCCGUCUGCCGUUAAAUCGAGCCAUUAUGAUUCCAAUACUCGAUGAAGGCCAGGAGUUGUCGCAGAUUAUUUUUGACAUAAAGGUUCAGCGAAUAUUGCGUUGGAAAACGGCCACUUUGCUGAUCGAUCAGUCAAUAUUGAAUGACAAUCCCACAUUGGUGGAAUCGGUGGUGCAUGAAAGCGCCAAAAAUCACAUUACGCCAUUCUCUCUGCUGCUCUAUAAGAUCGAUGAUUCAUUGCGCAGCCAAAGAAAGCGCACCGCCAUACGCCAAACGUUGACCCAUUUCCAGGAUCAGGCACACACGCCUCGGCAAUUUAUUGUGGUCUCUAAAUUUUAUGAAGAUAUCGUGGAGACCGCUUCUAGUAUGGAAUUGUUUCAUGCGUACAAUCAAUGGGCCUUCUUUGUGAUGAGCGAGCAGAAGCGUACUUACGACGCCAUGUCGGUGACACAAAGUUUGGGGGAGGGCGCCAAUAUUGCGUUCAUCUUGAACUCAACAACACCGAAUUGCAUCAGCUCUAUUAAUUGUACACUCGCCGAAUUGUCUAUGGCAUUUGUUACAUCCAUUUCGCGUAUGAUUGUUGAGGAGCAAUCAAUCUAUGGCGAGAUUUCAGAUGAGGAAUGGGAAGCUAUAAGAUACACCAAGCAGGAGAAGCAAGACGAAAUACUGGGUUAUAUGAAAGACUAUCUAAGGACAAACGGAAAAUGUGGCAGCUGUUCGUAUUGGAAAAUUGAAACGGCAUUAUCCUGGGGGAAAAGCGAAGAGCAUCGUAAAUAUCAAUCGAAUAAAGAGCUCCGCGAUACACGCAAUAAAAAUUUUGAAUUCAUAGAUGUUGGCUACUGGACGCCGAUAUUGGGAUUUAUAACACAAGAGGUGAUGUUUCCACAUAUAGAGCACUUCUUUCGCAACGUUACAUUAGAUAUUCUGACGGUACAUAGCCCGCCGUGGCAAAUACUGGAGCACGACAGCAGUGGUAAGAUUGUCCGGCACAGCGGUAUUGUUAUGGAAAUCCUUAAAGAAAUGAGUCGAAUGCUAAAUUUUUCCUAUAACCUCCAUGAAAUCAAGGUAACUGCUGUUGAUUUAGCUGGCGAGGAUGCGCAACAGAUUGGCAAUGUCACGGAUGAUCUCUUGGGUUCAUUGACAUUCAAUAUACCCUAUCGAGUAAUUGAAGUAAUGCAAUCGAGCAAUUACUUCAUGGCCGCUUUGGCUGCUACCAUCGAUGAGCCAGAUAAAAAAUCAUUUAACUACACGAUACCAAUAAGCGUGCAAACAUAUGCGUUAAUCUCUAGGCAGCCAGAUGAAGUCAGUCGCAUCUAUCUCUUCACUGCGCCCUUUACACCCGAGAUAUGGGGCUGUCUGGUGGGAAUUAUUAUUAUCACGGCGCCUGUGUUGUACUUCAUCAAUCGCUUUGUGCCUAAGGAUCAUUUGCGCAUAAAUGGACUCAGUACGCUCAAUAGUUGUUUUUGGUACAUUUAUGGAGCGCUGCUACAACAGGGUGGCAUGUAUUUACCCAAAGCUGAUAGUGGUCGACUGGUGAUCGGUGUGUGGUGGAUUGUUGUCAUUGUUCUUGUGACGACAUAUAGUGGAAACUUAGUUGCCUUUCUCACUUUUCCACAGUUUCAAGCAGGCAUAGAUUACUUUUUCCAGAUAUUUACCUCAAGAGAUAUUCAACAAUUUGGGUUACGGAAUGGUUCAUACUUCGAGAAGUAUUCAACACAGAUCACUACCCGCGACGACUUCCGUAACUACGUACAACGCUCUAUCAUAUACAGUAAUCUUCAAGGUGAGGAUAUUAACGCCGUACAGCAAGGUAAACGCAUUAACAUCGACUGGCGUAUCAAUCUGCAAUUGAUUAUCCAAAGACAGUUUGAAAAAGACAAGGAUUGCAAGUUCUCAUUGGGACGUGAAAAUUUUGUUGACGAGCAGAUUGGCUUGCUCGUUCCAAGGGGCAGUCCCUAUCUGCAAUUAAUCAACGACCGAAUAGUGCGUAUGUUUCAAAUGGGCUUCAUAGAGCGUUGGCACCAGAUAAAUUUACCCUCGAUGGACAAAUGUGGCGGUCAUGGCGGUAUGCGUCAAAUAAUGAACCAUAAAGUAAACUUAAAUGAUAUGCAAGGCUGCUUUAUGGUGCUGCUGUUUGGUUUCAUGAUAGCUUUGUUUGUACUAUUCUGCGAAUAUUGGUACCGAUGGUACUUCGUUGAGAAAAAGAAAGCCGCUUUUGCAUAUUAGAAUAUUUAAUCUUUGUGGAAAAUUUAUGUAUAACACACACUAUGUCUCUCUAAAUAAACUCUUGUUAAAAGCACUUGAAAUUAUAUUGAAACAGUUGGCAUUUUUUAUCUUUCCACUAAAGCUUUUAAUAAUGGAUGCACGGAAUU